UAGAAUGGAAGACAUAUUACAGAAAUUGAGAUGAUUUUGACUGGUUUUACAAUGAAAAGUACCUUGAAAUUGAGCUCAAAUAGCAGAAAUGUUCGGUUUUUACCAAAGUUCAAAAGUAAACAAAUCAUGCUAAGUGUCUAAUACAUGUCAACUGGUGAGUCUAAUAUUCUUUCACAAGUGCGCCAAUAUCAUUUAUACCAUUUCUGCACUAAUGAAGUAGUCUGUAUAACAGUAAAUCUUCUAUUUUUUGUGAGAAUAAAAAUUCAAAAUGGAAAGCAAAACACACACACACAGUGUGACUUUGUCAAUGGUCCAAGUCGGACCGAAACGUCGUCGUAAGCUUCUCUCUUUUAUGUGCGGGUUAUUUGUGUAUUGUUCCAGUCACGGUAUUGUGCCUUUUUGUUAUUUAUUUAUUUAUGGAAAGCAAAAGAAUGUAAGAGGGGUGUGGGGACAUGACUAAUGAACAGAGGAAAUGUUAUUUUAGUGCGAGGAAUGUCUUUCUUGUUUAUUCUGGACCCUAUUUGGAAAUUGGCAUCUUUUAAAAUUUUUGAAAUCGGUAAAUGGGUGGUUUCUUGUACUCAUUCGAUAGAGAAAAUGGAGUUCUAGCUAAAUAGGUAUGAUUUUUGUCGACUAGUACACUGGAAUUGGCCAAAAAUAGGGCUCAAAGUGGACAAAAUCACUGAUGCAUAAACAUCAUCGAGACCGCUAACUUCGCGAGAGCAUAAUUCCGUAAGUUUUCCAUCAGGGAAAAGAUUCUCUAUCAUUUCAUAAGAAAAAAUAAUUUUUUUUUUUUUUUUGAAAUUUGGGGGACCCUGAGAACAAGUUUCUUAGAGGGCCUGUGGACCCUGAAAGGGUUAAUUUUUGAAGAAGGCACCUAUCUCUGUCUUUCUUCUCCUCCUUUGAAGCAAUUUCCUGAGCUGUGGUCUCUUGGUGUUGCAGAUGAAGGUCUUGCAGCUCUUCAGUGGUUAGCUGUUCAUUGCAGUCCUCCACCAACUCUUCCACAUCCUCCAAACUCGCAUCCAACCCCAUGGAAUUUCCCAGUGACACAAUACUUUCCACAACUGGUGCAACGUUGCUUUGGUGUACAGUUUUUUGAAGUUUGAAAUGGCCUGCUGGUCCAUGGGCUGGAGGAGAGUUGUAUUAGGGGGGAAAGAACUUCACUGUGAUGAAAUGAAACUCCUCCACCAUUUGAUCUUCCAAGUCUGGAGGAUGAGCAGGUGGGAGAGAUGCAUGAUUAUAUACACCUGGAAAAUCCUAGAGGGACUAGUACCAAACUUGCACAUGAAAAUCACUCCCUACGAAAGCAAAAGACUCGGCAGACAUUGCAACAUCCCCCCCAAUGAAAAGCAGGGGUGCCACUAGCAUGUUAAGAGACAGUGCAAUAAGUGUCAGGGGCCCAAGACUGUUCAACUGCCUCCCAGCAUACAUAAGGGGGAUUACCACUAGACCCCUGGUUGUCUUCAAGCAGGCACUGGACAAACACCUAAAGUCAGUACCUUACCAGCUGGGCUGUGGUUCAUACGUUGGAUUGCAUGAAGGCAGUAGUAACAGCCUGGUUGAUCAGGCCCUGAUCCACCAUGAGGCCUGGUCACAGACUGGGCCACAGAGGAGUUGACCCCCGGAACUCUCUCCAGGUAAACUCCAGGUAAAUUAUCAGGAGGUACUUGAGUCCCAAAGCAUUCUUAAUCAUGUACUAGCCUCGUGUCAGGACCUGGGGUUAAUAAUCUCAGGGGAUAAAACAAAGAUACUCAACAGGCGUCCUCCUCGGCAGAGAGGCACAGUUUGUCUCUUCUAGAAUAUGUAAGCAGAUACAGGUAUCUAGGCUUUGAGGUUCCACUACUUGGACCUGUUGUAACGAGACUUUGUCGCCAAUACAAAGAAAGGCUGAGAGCACUUAGAGUUGUGGCAGGUUUUCAUCCCAGGUAUGGAGCUAAUGUAAUAAUUGUGAAAAUGAUGUACCUUGCUUAUAUUAGAGCAUUGGUUGAUUAUGUGGUUCCACUACUUGCACUCGUGUCUGACUGGAAGCUUUGAGGGCUGGAAAAACUGCAAAACAAAGCAAUGAGGAUCAUCCUAGGAUGCCCCCAUACUGCCAAAAUUUUAAUUAUGCUGAAAGAACUUAAUAUUCCAAGCAUUAGAGAUCAUGUUACUGAAAGAAAUAUCCUUAUUGGGGUCAAUAUGCUUAGGUUAGCCCAUUCAAACUCCUUGCACAGAAGCCCUCCAAACUUUCCUCAGCACUGGUGAACAUCCUUCCAGAUGGAUCGAAAAAACUGGAACCGACCUCCGCAUGAACCAUCUACAUGAUCUAUGUCAAGUUAGGCAACAGAGACAUUUCCCUGCUCUAUGGGAUAUUACCCCAUUCCAAACUACCAUUCCUCCAUUUCCCCCCAUAACUCUUCUUAAAUCACAACCAAAGCUUCGUCUUGAAGCCAAACAUGAUGCCUUAAGCUGUAUUGAUAACUUAGUCACACAGAACACUCUUUCACAAAUUAUUUACGUUGAUGGAUCUGUUCACCAGUCCACUGGUGCAGCUGGUAGUGCUGCUGUUGUCAUACAGAGUGAUGUCUCUCAUAAAGAAAUUGGAGCACGCAUUAAUAACUGGGCCUCUACCCUUCAAACAGAACUGUUUGCCAUACUCCUUGCACUCAAAUGCAUCCAUGUAUCUAAGGUUGACACUUUAAUUGUAACUGAUUCUCUGUCAUCCAUAAAUGCUCUCAACUCAUUAAGUAUAAAUUGUGGCAUGCUUGUGUCAGAAGCCAGACAUAGGUAUGGUAAGAUUGUGGACAGUGGAGUCAGAGUGCACAUGCUGUGGAUUUCAUCUCACAUUGGUCUUCAGAUGCAUGAUAGAACUGAGAAAUUGGCUAAGCUGUAUGCUUUCAAAGAGGGGGUAGAUUACAAUCUUGGGUUGUCAGUUAGCAGUUUGAGAACAAUAAUACGAAAAGAACUUCAAAUGAACUUUAUUGACUUAAGACUUAGGGAGAUUGACACAAGUCAGUCCAUCUAUCAUCAUUCCAUCAUGCAGGAGGAGCCACAUGUCUAUGGUGCAUUCAACAAGAUAAGCAGACUCUUGGAUGUCACUACCGCCCGGCUCCGGCUGGGUUACAAGUAUCUUUGGCAGGUUAAAUCACCACCACCAGAUGUAGACCAAACGAAAGAAAUACACUUGCAGUGUCACCAUUCAGGGAUGUCAGCUUUAACAACCAUUUUAUGUAACCACAUCCAAAGUUGGUCAUGUGAAACAUAAAUAAUGCUAAAAAUGGAGUAAAAAUUUACCAAUCAUCAGAAGUGCUUCAAACGACGGCGAUUAGUGGACUGAAAUUCAUCCGGACAUGAAAUGUGUGCACAUUACACGAAGAUAUCUUUAUCAGUUUUCUGUUAACUUUUUCUUCAUGCUGUUUGUAUCACAGAUAUAAAAUAUUUGACUCUUGUUACUAAGAAGGUGAGGAAUGUUGAAAUACUUAUUUGUUAUAGUAAAUUAGUUAAUUUUUGAAACUUCAAUGCCAUUGCUAGUUUUAUUGGUCAGUGUCAUGUCAGUAUAUACAUGCAAGGCCAAAGUAGAAGUAGAAAAAUAUUUCUGCAUUGAUAUACAUGUAAAUCAUUUAACUGUUUUGUGUGUUGGAGCCUCUUCAUAUGAACUUAUUUUUGAAACAGUGGCAUGUCUUUCUAAGAAGUAAGGUAAGUAUUGUCUCUCCUAUAAAAUUUCUUCCCUUCAAAAUUAAAAUAUCUCUGUUUUGUAAAUAUAUUGCUGUACUUGUCUGUACACAACAUUCUGCAUUUUUUUUUUAUGUUUCAAAGAAGUAAAACCUGAUUUAUUAGGAAUCUAGACUUUUGAAACUUACUGGAUGAAAGCAUUUGCAGUAUAAAAUCUGCCCCUUGAUUUGCAGUAGUCUGUUUAGCACUCCUGCAGAGCAUAACAGUAAACCACUGCCAGACAUAAGAUGAAAACAAAUUAUAUUA